UGCAUUCCAAAAAUAACUCGUCAUUGGCAGAUAUUUUGGGAUCCACUGUGAACGUGAAAGACGCUGUUAAACGUUGGCUUUUGGGGGGGGGGGGCACGCUUUUUCUACACGGAGCGGCUGACAAACAAGGGGAAUAUAAUCUGCACUCUGAAUCUGUCCUUUUGACCCUCGUUUGGAGCUAGUUGACGACUUGAUCCCAUUCGGGCGGUAGGACCCAGCGGAGUCGGGCUGCUCUCCAGGCGGAAGCACUGGCACCUGCUCGAACAGUCUCAGUCCCAGACCGGGAGACAGGCAGAGCAGAAAGAGAAACGCCUCCACUUCUGUCUGAUGCUGGGCUUUCUUGACGGCCCUUAGCGCGUCUGUGUGGUCUUAGUCCUCGUGGAUCUGAGUGUGAUGGAAACAGUCACGUAGUGGGAUGGGACUGUGCACUGGCGGAACCUGGGCAAAGUGAUCGGACCGAGAGGCACCCCCUUCGCAGCGCCAAUGAUGAGGCUCUGCCUCUGCCUCUACUUCUGCUUCUGCUUCGUCCUCUGGUUCUGUGGCGUCCACAGUCUGGAGAAAUUCCAAGGACCUUUGUAUGAAGUCACCUGUCCCCAAGGGGCUCUCUCAUGUGAAGCAAUGGACUGUGGUUCCUCAAAUAUCAACGAAGACCUGCCACAACUGCUUCCAACUAACUUAACGAGCUCCACUAUACUCUACUGUGAGCAGAACAUGUCUUGCUUCCCAUGCAUACGUGUCCAAUUAACAGCAUCAUUAGCAGCAUCAGAGAUUAGCAGGAGUCUGGGUGGAAAUGGAAGUGGAUCCGAAAACAGCAAAGACCUUGACACAGACAAAGGAAGUAGAGAUGAAGACAAUAAUGAAGUCAGUGGGUGGAUAUACAUUUCCACGUAUCAGCCUGAAGGUGGGAUAAACUCAUGUGCACAGCUGAAGAUUCACUUCGCUGGCUAUAACACAUUGUCAAGAUCCACACCAAUGGCUACUGUGGAGUUGAGUUGCUUUCAGGCAGCCAUGAGCAGUGAGGUUCGAAUAAAGGCUUCCACAAAACCUGAAAACGAGAUCUUACAGCACACCCAUAAAAUGGAAGAUUGUACCUUGAAAGAUUUUCUGGAAAACGUUGAAUGGUGCAAAGUCCCAAAAAUAAAUCUCACAUUGGAAAAAGAACUACAAAUGGCUGUCUUUAACAUACCACAGAAUUAUUACACAAUGUUCAAGUAUGAAGUGAUGCCAUCCUUUGAGAGCAAAAACCCGCUGGAUUUUGAUAAAUUGAAAAUGACCAAUGUGUAUCGCAACUUCUCAGACAUUGUCCCGUGUUUGUGUAUAGAGUUGUGGUCUGCAACAAUAGAAGAUGCCAGAAGACGUAAAGAGUGCCCCUUUUCAGAGAUGGAAGAAUUUCGAGAAAACAUUUGGAGGCUGAGCAGCUUGGCAGUGGAAUAUAAAGGAAGAGCACUUCAGUGGACACUUUCAUCCCCUUGCAAUAUGUCUGGGGAGAUCUUGCUAUGUUCCAAGUCAGGAGAUGGUGAAUCUUGUCAGGAGAUCCCUCACUCCAGACAGAAAUUUCAAGUUAAUAAACUGAGUGAAUUCAAAAGCGUGGACCCACACCCCUCGCUCUGUGUAAAGAUUAUCUCUGGGGAGCACGUCAAUCUAGUUGCCCUUCGAUGGUGGUGA